AUGGAUCAACACGACGACUUCGACAGCGUCUCCUGGAAACACGAUGCAGACAGCGAUGUCUCGCGACCGACAACUUCCGGAACAGACGCAGAAGCACCACCGACCUUUGAUCAUGACACCAAUGGCAAGCGAAGGAUGAGCUCAGCUCACGAAGAGCCCCAGGCUGGCGCGCUGGCCGACGCCGUCGACCUGGCUGGCAUCGGAGACGGUGUGCUCGAGUGCAGAGUUGAUACACCUCUCAAAGAGAAUGAAGGCACAAAAGAUACAUACAUUUCGUACUUGGUUACAACGAGUGUGAGUACUGGCCCCUCGUGGGGAUUACAAGAAAUCUGCGAUGUGCGAAGCGGCACUGCUGCCUGUGCACCUCGGGAGCCCCCAUCAAUGUCGCAUACAGUUCACUUCUAA